AUGCUGGAAAGAGCUGCCUCGAGUUUGGAGCCAUGCACCCUUCGGCAUUCCAUCCCAGCAUCGGUCAGGACUCGACGCAGGCUCCACACCGGAUUCUGGCAACAUGGUGCUGCUGCCUUAGACCUAUCCCCUCUCUGGCUUGCUACUGCCCAGGAUCCUCAGGACGCAAACGAUACAACUACUUCGGCCAAUGCUCCAGACCGGCUAAACGCUUCAACCUUCUUGCUCGACUUCCUCUACCCCCGGGGCACUAUCGCUUUUUUGCGUAGGCUUUCGCCCUCCAUAGCGGACCGAACGACGUCAGCCUCUCAAACACACGUCCAAUCGCGAUCACGGCGCCCAGCCGGGGCUGAGAACACAAAUCUGCAAGGGACGUCUUUGUCGCCAAGCUCCCGGCUGGAUCUGAUGAGAAGGCUCAUGGCAAGAUCCGAUACCGAGUUCUUUGGCCAGAUCUGGGGACAUUGGUGUCUUUUGGAACCCCCACAGCAGAAAGAGAUUCGAUCGCGCGUUAUCACCUAUCUUCACAAGUCCAUUAACCCUGAGAAUUCGAAGAGGGUUGUCCAGCUCUUCUCGCAACUCGGCAUUGACUCUUGGGAUCGAGACACCGUCACUGCGGCAGUCGCCGCAGAACUGCGGCUGGGCAACGUGGAUGCGGCCUUGGACGUCUACCACACGGGUCUCCAUUGGAGACGCUUAGUUGGCGGGUUUACUCACCUCGUGACCCACGGCCUCCAAACUUCAGCCUGGGACAUGGUCUGUCGGGUUUGGGACGCCUACGGCAACCUCCGCGCUGUCGAGGCUGUCGAGUUUGGAAACCUGGAUGAUGUUGCCGCAGCCAUCCAUGACCUCGGCGCCCGGGUACUGCAAUUUCAGGACUACCUAGUCGCAAGGCAAAGCGAAGACCAGAGUAUACAGACCGACGCAGGACCGGAGCAAGCAAACGAUCCCACGGAGGAGUCCGUGUCCGCCGCACACACCCUUGACCUGUCCGACAUUGGUCCCACCAGCAUCUCGAGGCUACUCAAAGGCCUAGCUAAAUGCGCCCUCCAUCAGCCCUGCCAGCCCAACGAAGCCCUGCCGAUACUCAAGAUUCUCAGGAAGGCCGACUUCUACUACAUGUACAUCAAUCGAGCCUUCGAGGAGCGCCGAACAGCCUGUGUCCCAGACAUCUACCGCGUAUACCGGACAUUAUCGAGGUUCAAGCCCAACUGGAAGAUGUUGCACGACAUGUUCGAACUUUUCUAUCCUCAUGAUGUCUUGGGCCUCGAACAGAUCUAUGAAGACUAUCACAAAGCUUUUGGCGGUCUUGAUCAGUGGGGGUGUCAGAAGUACUUGAAGUUCUAUGCCUCCCGUGGAGAUGUGAGGUCCGUCCGAAGGAUGUGGACGACCUACGUGAAAAAGUAUAAGGACAAAGGCGUCAUUCAGGACCCGGGAACCUGGAACCACGUGUUGAACGCCUAUAAGAACCGGGGAAUCGUGGAGGACACACAACAGGCGUUCGACGAGAUGGUUGCCAGCAACAAGGCGACGCCAGACGUGGUCAGUUGGAAUAUCCUCCUCAGCGCCUAUACCAAGGCGGAUCGCUACGACGAUGCCAUUGCUGUCUUCGAAGACCUUUGCCAGGCCGUGAAGCCCGAUUCGGUCAGCUUCGGGACGAUAAUGGCCAUGUCUGGUUCUUUGGGCGAUCUCGACUACACCCUGGAACUAUACCAGCGGGCCCGGUCACUGAAGGUCCAGGCGCACUCCGCGGUCUUUGCCAGUCUUGUCAACGCGUACUGCCUGAACAACAAGAUUGAGGAGGCUCAGAACGUUUGCAUCAAUGCGAGCACGAGGGAGAUCAGCGGAGAUCAAGUGGAUCUCUGGAACUGCCUCCUCAAGUACCAGGGCCACAGGCGGGACCUCAAGGGCAUCUAUCGAAUCCUGGAUCUCAUGAAGGAACAUGACGUGGAAUGGAACGCCGCGACGUACGAUCUCCUCAUGCGGUCUCUGGUCCUCAGCAAGGAAGCCCACUAUGCGUACAGACUCUUGCAGACCGCCGUCGAGGACAAGACCUUCCCCGUCCGGGAACGCCACUUCGCCAUGGUGAUGUCGAGCGCACUGAGGAGCCGCGACAUGUCUCUGGUUCGAUCUGUCGUGGCUUUGAUGUCCCGCACUGGUUACGCCAUGUCGAUGAAGACGUCGAUUGCUGCGGUCGACGCCGAGCUGCGACGGCGUUUCAAACCGUGGGAGCAGGGCUCGGGGGAGAUCGACGCCGACCAAGCCCGAGAGCUUGGCCGAACGCUCGUGGACUACUACGAGCGGAUGCUACGGGCGGGCCAACGAGAUGAUGCCCUGUUCGGUUCGGAGCGAAAGAGCACGAUGCUCAGCGACCUAGGCGACGUUGAGCACCUGCGUUCUCACGCUUCCACGGUCCAGGAAGCCAUGGAGGUCCUCAUCCAGUUCCGCGACUUCGUCUCCGUCGAAGAGCUGCUCCAGCUCUAUUCCAAAGCCGUGACGGGCCGGCCGUUGCAGAGGGAGACACUGCCCCUCCCGAUGCUCGAAUCGAUGAUGCUCGCCGACCUCCUCGACGGCAAGCACGACAAGGUCAAAGAAACAUGGGCGUACGCCUGGGACUCCGCCCUCCGACUCGGCCGCCCGGCCUCGUACCAGAAGAAAAACAAGCCAGGCGUCCUGCCACGGUACCAGUACGCGCUCUCCGGCUCCAUCAACACGAUGCAGCGCGUCCUCCACACCGAGGGGGACCACCGGGGCCUCGUGGCCCUGAUCGAGAAGAUCACGCGCGCGGGCUUCAAGCUGCAUAGCGGGCACUGGAACAACAUCUGCCGCGCCCUCGCCGGCAUGGGCCAGUGGCUCGCGGCCUGCACGUUCUGCGAAAACAUCCUGAUGCCCAACUGGAUGGGCUGGGCCGCCCGGCGCGUCGUCUCGCAAAGGGCCCGGAACUCGUUGCCGCUCGAGCGCCGCCGGAUGGGCAACGCGCCCCGCUUCCUCCGCCCCAACGCCGAGACGCUCGUCCUCCUCGCGGAUCAGUACCUCGUGCUCAAAAAGCAGGGGCCGUGGUCUGACGAGGCGCGCCGCGUCCUUGCCGAGUUUACAAAGAAGUGUCCCAAGCUGGAGGACGCUUUCCGGACGCGUCUUGAGCUCAGUGAGCAGGGUCCUCUUAAGCCGGAGAUUAAGGAUGCGUGGUAA